AUGGCGUCGCUGAAGGAGCGAAAGAGCGCUCUGCAAGAGUUUAUGGCCAGCCCGAAGACGAUGGAUGCCAUUUGCAACUCUAUCCACCUCAACAGCGGCAGUCAAGUACACAAGGAUCUCCUACGCGCCAUAGUACAGAUCACCGCUUAUGGCAAGGAACACGUCAAGAAGUGUGGCCUCCUCGAGCCUCGCAGAGUCCUCUCCGAUGGCACGCAUUGUACUACCUUCGACGGGGAGUUUCAAGCUCUCGUCGACCGGUUCCUAGUCGAACUGAGGGCCGGCGUUAUCUUUUUUCCUGUUAUCCUGCCCAACUACGAUGGUUGGACCGACAGCUUCUGCGCAGAGGUUUAUGAAAGCUUUACAACCGAUGACUGCGAUGACUGUGGAAGCGAGAAUGCUACUAGCACCGACGAUAUUGUCUACUGCGAUACAUGUCACGUAGGGCACCACCAGAGCUGCUAUGACAUUUACCCAAAGCCGGGACCUGGCGACCCGUGGAACUGCAAGCCGUGCGAUGCCGCUAAGCAAGCUAGUACCAGUGCCUCCAGAAAGCGCAAAUCCAGUACUACUCCCAAGAAGACUAUGCCGAGGAAUGUACGACACAAGCAGGAAUAUUCAGAAUAUUCCCCUCUUGAUUCUCUUGGAACCACCUCGAACAUUCAAAGUGCAACCUCGUCACAUGUGAAGGGAGGAAAGAGAAGUUUGAGCUUAAAUUCUCAGAAGAAGGAGGGAUAUUCUCAAAGCGGUCGCCGAGCAGUCAGCCAACCCACCAAUGUCCUUAAACCCGUGAAGAAGCCAUCAAAGUCUCCACCGGCUCUUGCCCCGAUUCCUCCUCUCAACGCCUUUACCAAAGACCCAGUGGAGGAUCUUACAUUCAAUCUCGGUGUUGCCCCCAAGAAUAGUACACCCAGUCCCAAGCCCCGAUUGUCCCAUUCACAAAUAGAGGGAACGAUUCUCCUUACUCGAUUGAAGGAUCAUAAGAUAUUUCGAAAGGUUUCUUUGACCAACGCUCGGACGGUGGAUUCCCUUUUCAAAGAGUGUGCGCAGCGCUGGCCAGAUAAGUUCGGUGUUGGUGGCAUCUCGAGACUUCUGUACGUCGACGAGGAGAGUCACCUAGUGGAGAUUGUGGAAGGAAAUUCGGCUGAUUACAAAGAGCUCCUCAGAAUGAUUCAGAGACGUUGGGACAAUGGAGGAGGGGAAAUAGUCCGAGUUACGGUAGUCUUGCUUGCUGAUGGGGAGGUUGAGGAGGUGUGA